AUGUCUGUCGCAGGGUUGAAGAAGCAGUUUCAUAAAGCUACCCAGAAAGUCAGCGAGAAGGUGGGAGGAGCCGAAGGAACCAAGUUAGACGAUGACUUCAAAGAAAUGGAAAAGAAGGUGGACCUCACCAGCAGAGCGAUGCUGGACAUCAUGACCAGAACCACAGAAUACCUCCAACCUAACCCAGCUUCCAGAGCAAAGCUGAGUAUGUCCAACACCAUGUCCAGGAUCCGCGGGCAGGAGAGAGGACCUGGUUACCCGCAGGCGGAGACCGUCCUGGGCGACGCCAUGCUGAGGUUUGGACGGGAGUUAGGAGAGGAGUCCUGCUUCGGCCUGGCGCUGAUGGACGCUGGAGAGUCGAUGAAGGAGCUCGGGGAGGUGAAGGACGCUCUGGACAUGGAGGUCAAACAGAACUUCAUCGACCCGCUGCAGAACCUCCACGACAAAGACCUCAAAGAGAUUCAGCAUCAUCUGAAGAAGAUGGAGGGCCGCCGUCUGGACUUCGACUACAAGAAGAAGCGUCAGGGCAAAGUUCUGGACGAGGAACUCAAACAGGCGCUGGAGAAGUUUGACGAGAGCAAAGAGGUCGCGGAGCAGAGCAUGUUCAACCUGUUGGAGAGCGACAUAGAGCAGGUGAGCCAGCUGGCUGCUCUGGUCCAGGCCCAGUUGGAGUAUCACAGCCGAGCAGCAGAGAUCCUCCAGCAGCUCUCCAGCAAGAUGGAGGACAGGAUUAAAGAAGUGUCCGGUAGACCCAGGAAGGAGUACGCUCCCAAACCCCGGCUGACCCUGGAGCUACUGCCCCCCAGUCAGGGCCACAACGGGGGGGUCCACUCCACCAAAUCCCCCAGAAGGUCCCCAGGUAGAUCCACUGGUUCUCCACAGAGUCACAUGGAGCAGCUCAGUAGUUUUGGUGUGAGGCUGAAGCUCGGGGUGUCCCCCUCUCUUGUCCCUCUGUCCCCCACAGUGCCCAUGGACCAGCCCUGCUGCCGAGCUCUGUACGACUUUGAGCCGGAGAACGAGGGGGAGCUGGGCUUCAAGGAGGGCGACGCCAUCACCCUGACCAAUCAGAUCGACGACAACUGGUACGAGGGCAUGAUCCACGGCCAGUCGGGCUUCUUCCCCAUCAACUACGUGGACAUCCUGGUGCCACUCCCUCAUUAGACCCCCCCGCCUUCACCACUCCAGGACCAGACGGCCUGGAUUUACAUAAUAGACAAACCACGUCCUCCCUCUACUUCUUCUUCUGUGCUUCUGUGCCAUUCUGCUUUCACAAAGUGGACCGAGCCGAGGGAGGAGCCUGAGGU